AUGUAUGGACUUGCUCCACCCGGCGAGUACAUCGAGUCUGGUGACGAGGACGAGGACAUUGAAUCAUCCAUCAAGAAAGAGCUUGUCGGUAUGAGCUCUGUCAACCGUAAAGAUUCCAGACGGAACUUUAAGGCUAUCCGCGCUGGUAUUGAGUGUGUCUUCUUCAUGAAAACACGAGACCCCGUUGAACCAGUUGAGCUGUGUCGUCGCAUCUGUCGAGAUGCAGGCGCUUGUCCAGAUUUGAAAGAGCGCAAGACCAAGUACAUCAAUAGGUUGACACCUGUGAGUGCUCUGGACAAGGCCUCAGAGAAUGGUGUAGUAAGGACGGCACGAAAGGCUCUCGCGCCUUGGUUCAGUUUGACAGCGAGCGAGACAGCCAUAGAGAAUGAAGUGGGAGUCAAGAACGAUGUGGCGGGAGCGGAUGGAAACGAGACCGGGCCAGAAAUCAAAUCGGAUGCGAAGCACGCGUACACGUAUGCAAUUCGGCCCUCCAUACGCAGCAACAGCUCCAUCGAGCGUGACGACCUUAUCAAGCAAAUUGCCAGUACUAUCGACCAGAGACACAAAGUCAAUCUCAGCAACCCGGAUAGGGUGAUACUUGUUGAUAUCUUCCAGAGCUACUGCGGCAUGAGCGUUAUCAACGGCAGUGACUGGGAUGGGCUCAGGAAGCUCAACAUUAACGAGAUGUACAAAGCGUCGCCGGGUGCAAAGGGUGCAAAGCCCAAGUCAUCACCCGUCGAGACAGAGAAAAAACCCGAGGAAGAUAUCAUGAGCGAGGCAGCAUGA